GCUUCUUGCCGGCUCCGUCGAGAGAGCUGUGUAUAACACGUGUACCGACGCGGGAUUUUAAGUGCGGUUUCGCGUGAUCGGCCUGUGUUAAUUUUCGGAAGCGUCGUAAAACUUUUGUGCUGCUGCGCGACUCGCUCUCCCGAUAUGGUGCGGGGGUGGAUAUCAGUGACUCGUGUUUCGCGAUGAUGACGUAUUCGGCGUAACGUAUGCUGAUUCAAUUUGAAAGAAUAAGGUUCGAUCGAGGAGGUGUUAAGCUACUUUUUUGUUUUAUACGCGAUUAAAGGUCUCGAGCGCGCGAAGGUAAAGCGAAGCAGUCGAGCCAAUCUAACUCAAUCCGUCUGAUAGUUUUGUGAUAGACAGAAAGUGAUAAAAAAUAACAUACUUUAAAACGUUAUAUGAAGAUAAAGUGAAAUCGAGGAAUUUUCGACUCGACCCGUCCGCAAGGGCACCGCAACUCGGCAUUACGCUCCUGCAGUAACGCUCGGGCCCACAACGACGCAAGAGCGUACACCUACAUACAGAUACAUAAGCAGGCGCGCUUAGCGUGAGCGCGGCGUCCUUUUCCUCCUUCUCCGCGACUCUACUCGCGAGGUUGACUGACCUCUUCUUGGUCUGGCUGCGUUCGCCGAUAUCCGCCGCCGCCGUAGUCGCGCGAGUGUGUGCGGCAUCCCGUAGCCCAGGCCGCUUUUAUACAGCGGCAGCAGCAGAAACAGCGAGAGGGAGAGAGUCAUCGACGUGGGGCCCUGCCGGCCGAGCCGAGGCACAAGGCACCAGCAGCGCGGCGAAGAAAUCCGCGAGCCCACGGUCCGCCGGCCAAGGAGUGGUCGAGAAGAAGAAGAGCAAAUUGGUGCUCCGCGGAGCAGGCUUUCAUGAACAGGCAGGAGCCAGUAGCGGUGGCGCGGGUCGCCAGGCAGCAGUCGACGGGGUCCACCGGGCCGCGCAGCUCCGAUUGGCCCCCCUCCACCUCCAACAGCCGGGCCCCGCAGGCCGGGGCCGGUAACCCCCACUACGCGGCGCGCAGGCAGUCCUCGAACGACAGCGCCUGCUCGGCGCAGGCCACACCCGAGCACUGCGACCUUCACUGCAAGGUCAUGCUGUUGGGCGACAGCGGAGUGGGAAAAACCUGCAUUCUCACGAGAUUCCGCGAUGGUCAGUUUCUGUCCGGAAACUAUAUUACCACCGUUGGCAUCGACUUUCGGAACAAAAUGGUCACUGUAGACGACAGCCAGGUCAAGCUUCAGAUAUGGGACACUGCUGGACAGGAAAGGUUUCGAAGCGUGACGCAUGCUUACUACCGUGACGCACAUGCACUGCUGCUGCUCUACGACGUGACGAACAAGCAGAGCUACGAUAACAUCAGGGCCUGGCUGGGCGAGAUUCGAGAAUACGCUCAAGACGACGUCGUCAUUAUGUUGCUCGGUAACAAGUGCGACUGCGGCUCGGAGAGGAUCGUCAGACGGGAGGACGGACAGCGGCUGGCGAACGAGUACAAGGUGCCCUUCAUGGAGACCUCGGCCAAGACGGGCCUCAAUGUCGAAUUGGCUUUUCACGCGGUCGCCAGGGAGCUGAAAGCGCGAGCGAACAAGCAAGAGGGAGGCGACUCGGACGACGCUCGCUUCAACGUGCAAGAUUAUCUUCGGCAGCAUCAAUCACAACGGAAUUCCUGUUUGAGUUCCAAUUGCCUAACGACUUGAGCACUACUGCUGCAGUAGCUGGCCGUCGUCGUCGCGCGCAGACGUCUCCACUGUCCAACAGCGUCGCUGAUUCGAACGGCCGGACCGAGGGAACGAGUCGAACCGGAAACCGUUGGCCGAUUCGAAUUUCGAGCGCGCGCGCGCGCGCGCGACCCUUUGAAAAUUCAACGUUUGUGUAUGCCCGCAGACGAUGCCGCUUAUGAAUUAUGUUACAACAUAUACACAUACAUAUGCCAAAAUAUAAAAUGUACUCGAGAGGCUCUCCCCCUUGUCGUUUGUUUAUGCAGGCCUUACGAACGAAUUAAUAUGUGUAAUUGAUGGUGUAAACAAAUGACAUUCGCUGGCGAAACGAAAAUAUAUGUAUUGCAAAAGCAAGUCUAACUAAUAUGUGUUCUUUCCUGUAGAAAUAGUAGGUACUGCAUGUAAACGGGUGCGCAAAUGUUAAAGUUGCAUAGAGAUAUAUACAUAUUAAAAGUUGUGGGAGAAAAGAAAUCUGUAUGAUCAAUAUAUUUAGAUACCCGAGAGAUGGAUAUUGUAUAGAGGCUAGAAAUUCGACCAGUGUAAUUCGAUAUUGACAAAAAUUCGUGUACAGAACACCACUGUUGUAAAAGUUUCUCUUAUUUUUGUACAACCUUAGGAAAUUCAAAAGUCGUACUUGACCACUUCCAUACUUUACUGAGCAAUCCCUUAGAGUUCCUGUAGUAUACUAAGUCAAUCGCAAAAUGAAGCUUGCUGAAGAAUCAAGUUCAGAUUUGUUUGAAUCAAUCAAAUAUAACUUUAACAUUUACUCAAAUCGUCCGAUAUAAUUUCACUUGCACAAUAGAGCACAAUUGAUUUAGAAGACCAAAUUAUGUUUUGAAACUUUCAAACACGUUACGUCUACUAUUAUUGGGGAUGUAUUAUAAAGUACUUUUCUCAAGGAGCUGGCUACAAUGUUAAAAAGAAGACACUACAAAAUAAAAAAUAUACUGUCGCAUGUGAAACCUGCAAAGCUCAAACUAUAUGUAGACUGCUACCAAGAAUAGAAAUGUACAAGUGCAUCGUUGUAUAAAGUGUUAUAGUGCAUGGUCAAAUAAUAAUUAAAAGGAACCAAUGACCAAAAGAUAUAAAAUAAUACGACAAAUCAUUUGUAUUAUAUUAGAUUUGAUUUUAACUUUGUUGCCACAAAAUGAUAAAACGACAUUUGCUUAUACAAUGCCUUAUUUUCUUACAAUCGAGAAAAGUUCUUCUCUGUGUAAUGAGUAUCAGUUUCUAAUCACUAAUGAAUUUUGUAACAGAAUAAAAGUUCUGUUAUGUAUCGAAAAAACGUGUUGAUUCUUAAAACAUGCCUACAUACCAAUUUUUCAUAACGCAAUAAUUAAUCUUAAGUUUGUACUCGGACUUAAGCUAAUUUAUUUAAUGUAUAGUUGCAUUGUAAUCGGGAUUGAAAAAGUAAUGUAAUUCAUAAUUUCGAAAUAAAUUGAAAGCUUACCUUA